GUAGCAGCGGCAGCAGGGUUCGGCUGGAAACGAGCUGUUACGGAGAACCGUCGAGAGCAACGUUUGGUGAUAAACCAUGCCUCGAGUUUACAUCGGACGACUGAGCUACCAUGUCCGCGAAAAGGACAUUCAGCGCUUUUUCAGCGGAUAUGGAAAACUCAUGGAAAUCGACUUAAAAAAUGGUUAUGGAUUCGUGGAGUUCGAGGACAACCGGGAUGCCGACGACGCCGUGUACGAGCUGAACGGGAAAGAGCUGUGCGGAGAGCGGGUGAUCGUCGAACAUGCCCGCGGGCCGAGACGAGACCGAGAUGGCUACGGUGGGGGUUACUGGGGUGGUGGGCGCAGUAGCGGUUACAGCAGCCGGAGCCGCUCUGGCAGGGACAAGUAUGGACCUCCAGUCCGUACUGAGUAUCGUCUCAUCGUGGAGAACCUGUCUAGCCGCUGCAGUUGGCAAGACCUCAAGGACUUCAUGCGUCAGGCAGGAGAGGUGACCUAUGCAGACGCCCACAAGGAGCGUACCAAUGAGGGAGUGAUUGAGUUCAGGACCCACUCCGACAUGAAGAGGGCUCUGGACAAGCUGGACGGUACAGACAUCAAUGGACGGAAGAUUCGACUGGUGGAGGACCGACCUCGCAGACGAAGGUCCUACUCUGGCAGUCGCUCCAGAUCUCGCAGCCGUCGUCGCUCUCGCAGCAGGAGCCACAGGAGCAGGAGCUCAAGGAGCCGCUCUAGAUCCCACUCAAGGUCUCGUUCCCAUAGCAACAAGAGACGUCAUCAUUCCCGCUCCAGGUCUGGAAGGAAGUCUCGCUCCAAGUCAGGAGACAGCAAAUCACGUUCCCGCAACCGCAGGUCCCGAUCUCGAUCCCAGAAAUCCAAAUCUCGUUCACGCUCUCGCAAAUCCGGGUCUGGUUCGGCUGAACGGAAAUCCAAGUCCCGCUCAAAGAGCCGUUCUAAGGUAAAAUCAGAGCGGGAUUCUCGCAGUCGAUCGAAAGAAAUGUGUGUUGAGAAGAAAUCCCGCAGUCGUUCAGCUUCCCCAGUGGAGAACGGAAAGGAGGAGCGAGCCGCCAAAUCUGCAUCUCGCUCACCGUCUCCUCAGGAGGACGACCGCCGAUCCAAAUCGAGAGAGAAGCGUUCAGCCUCCCGCUCAAAGUCCCGCUCCAGGUCCCGCUCACGGUCCAGAUCAGCUUCACAGGAGUAGUGGAGGGUGGAGAAGGGCGGUGGUUUUCUUACUGUUGAGCUUGAUCCUUAUGCUGUACAUAGUGAGCAGUGUUGUAAUAACUAGCUUACGCUUCCUGACUCGUCUACUUUUCUCCUUCGGGUGUGCACUUGUUUUAACAUGUCAUCGAUGCAGUUCACUAAACAAUGCACCACUGUGCCAGGGCUACUUUUUGGAGUUGUUUGACAUGAUCUGCCUCCAAAAACACACCAGUUCAGCGUCAUUAUUUUCAGCAACAUGGUGCUAGUUUUACAGGCUUUAGAGCUGAGGGUAGUUCAAGUCUUUAUUCCAAAUGUCAGCCUGAUUGGUGAAGUUCAGCUUUGUGACACCAGCCAAGCAGUUUAGUUUAUCGAAGAAUAAGUUGUCUUUAUUGUACUUUUACUUGGUUUGCUACCGAUUUUGUUCAUUUGGUAGAUUGAUUAAAGUUUAUCGCCAUUUUUAA